UGUUAAGACAUUCUUCUGGAAUUGCUGUUGCCGGAGAGAGAUGGAGGCUGAUCAAAAUGGCGGCUCACCAGACCACCCAAGUUGUUCAUAUGUUCAAACUGUAACAAGGAUACUGGGAGAAGAGAGUGGAAAUAUGGUGUUAAAAGCGUGUAGCCAAGUAUCAAAGAUGGCUAACCGAGGAGUGCCAGUUACUGACGAUCUAAUUCGUAGAAUGGUAAUUGAGGGUUUUCAACCUGAUGCAGAGAGGCUUAGGUGUAAAAGGACUUGGAAUGAGUUUCCAGAGGAAAGGAACUUGCAGCUGAAGUUCUUAGAUAAUAAAGUAGCCAAUACUGUGUCAGGCGAGGAGUUUAAAGGGUUAAAACAAGAGUGCCUGAAGUUGGCUCUGCUUGAUUCGAACGAGCAUACUGUGACCUGUGGCCCUGGAUCUUCUGCAAAGGUGGAUAUACUACUUCUUGAGGACAAUGAUGAUGGUGAUGGUGAUGAAAGUAACAUGACACCUGAAAAGUUUGAGAGAAGCAUUAUUCAAAAAGGAGAUAAGAAGAAGCCUCACUUGUCUCCUAAAAGUGUUUAUAUAUUGCUCAAGAACGGUGUUGCAGAUUUGAAAGGUAUCAAGUUGGGACACGACAAAGAUUGGAUCAAGGUGUGUAGCUGCAGGCUGGGAGCGAGGAUUGCGCAGAAUCUUAAAGGAAUUACGGUGCAAGAAGCAUGGACUGCACCAUUUAAGGUCAAAGAUAAACGCGCCAAACAGUAUGACAAAUUUCCCUGUCCAUCUCUUACUUCUGAAGUUUGGAGAUUGAAGGGAAUCGGCAGGACUGGCAAGCGCAGUGAUAGACUGAAAGAGAAAUACAUCGAGACCGUGCAAGAUUUUCUGUUUUGGUUCCAUGUCAACCCUGAGGAGCUCCAAAACAAAAUCUUAAACGUCGGUGAUGGCAGAUGGAAGACAAUAGUGAGUCAUGCUCAGAAGUGCAAAAUUGAUUGUGAAAAGAUGUUCUGUCACAGAUCCUCAACCGAACCUCAAAGAUGUGUUAUUUAUGAUUGUGUGGGAAAACUCAAGGGGGAUAUCAUGGAGUCCCAGUUUGUCGGGAUUGAUAAUCUGUGUGCUGACAGAAAGGAUGAUGCUCUCAAGUUACUGAGAUCUGUAUUAGAAAGAGCCUCUACGUUAUAUGAUGAUAAAAAGGAUUUUCGAUACACAAUCACAAGCACCAUCUGUGAUUAUGGGUCUCUUGGAUCAAAAGAAAGAGGAGUGGUAUCCAACCCUGAUCCUCAAUUCACCCCUCUUCAUAUCACAGAUUAUGAGUUGGAGGGUGGUUUGGAUAGUGCAGCAGGUGGUGAGAUGGUUGGAGGUGGAGGUUCAAAGGAAAGCGCAACGUCAGCAUUAAUAGUGGAGCAGCAGUUGCCUUAUGCUUAUGAGUACUACCACAGCAGCCCAAACCCCAUGGAGCAACAAUAUCUUCAGACCGAAAGUAUGAGUAGACAUGUUGCUUUCCAGCACCUAGCUGGAGUGUGCGGAUCGAGCAGUGGUAUACAUUUAUAUGAUUCACUCUCAAUAAUGAACUUGAUUGGAGUAGAAGGUAGCACUGGCAGCCUCUUUGCAGGGUUUGAUGAGUUGAGAGACUACACUUUUGGUUGUGAGCAUGGCCAAAUGAAUACAGCGUCUGAGCUGGUUGUUCGUCGGAGAAAGAGAUGGAGAACAUUGUUCAUUGUUUUGAAAAUUAGCAAAAGGGAGGUUGUAGAUGUUAGUCCGGCCCGAAAGAAACAGAGAGUUGGUUAACGAUAAUGUGUUGUUGUGUUCAUCAUCAAGGCUGGGAGAACCGGAGAAGAAAUGGUAGCAUUUUACGCUUCUGGAUUAUUGAAGCUGUUUUGUAUUGUAGUUGUCAAUCGAACUUAAGCAAAUACUACAGUAACACAUUUGCUAUCCUACUCCAUUCAAAUGUACACUGAGGGUCUUACACCAACUGUAAAGUACUAUUAUGUAUGUAAACUUGCUGUUUUAGCA